GCCGUGACCACAGUGGUCCCUGGCGCGGCGCCGUCAACCCAGAACGACGAGCUAUUCCUGUGGCCGGGCACGUCGAACGGCACGGGGGGCCUCGUGCAGACAAAGCCGGAGUCCUGGGCAGGUGGGAAUGACUGGUGCGGUACCAAGCCGGGGCAGUGGUGCAUUCGUUGUUCACUGUUUGGAAGUUUUGGACAACUUGAUGGGCCUGCGAGUCCAGUCAGUGGAGAUAUGAAGGUUGAGAUUCUGUAUGAGCUGCAAGCGGACGGACAGACGUGGAAGCAGAUGGCUACCGAUCUUGGCAUGAAGAAACAGCUAUCUACGAUCUCGCACAAAUCUGGUCCUUAUAUGGGUUAUGGCACCGGCACAGAGUGCGAUAGCUCGUGCACUGGUACGAUUGCGGUGAAGACGUACACUACCACUGUUACCACGCUUGCCGUAGCUGAUCCUACGUUCGGCAAGACUAUCUCAACUAGCAACGGGGUGACCUACACAGGUCUGACGAACACAGGGAAUAGCAAAGUAUGGACCAUUGCGUCGAUGCACAUACCCAAGAUGUAA